UCAUCAUUAUUAUAGUCAAGUGGUUGUUUAAAUUGAUUUUAAGAAAAGUUAUUCAAUGUAAAUGUUUACAAAUUAUUUGCUCAUCAUCAAAAGCUAUUAAUGAUAAUCAAUAGCAAAUUAUUAUCUCUUUACAGUAUUUAAAUUGUGAUUAAGGGAGAUGACAGUUGUAUUGAGCGUUGGGAUGAUGAUUACAGAUUCGUAUUUCCAGCAAUCAACGGUGCGCAUUAUGAUUACAAUGAAUCUCUCUCAGCAUACAAAACAAUUAAAGUAGGAAACGUAGGCGAUAACCUGGCAAUCUCUUGUUUAGUGGACGAUAAAAAUGACCAAUAUAACCUCUUUCAACUGCAUAAGAAGUACAAAUGGCUUUAUAAUAGAUUCGAUUCUGACUCUUGGAUAAGCUGGAUAGAAUUGGCCCCAGUUGAAAGAGGAAAAUAUUCAAAUUCGAAAGUAAACUAUACGGUGGGUUUAUGAUUCGAAUUGAUUGUUGUUAAAAUAGAUUUGAGAACUCGAGGUAAAUUCAAGUGUGUUCGUAAAGAUGAUAAAACAAAAAAUGAGAUUGAAAUCAUUGUCGAUGUUGAGCCAAAGGCAGAAAUCGAUGAGUCCGGUUGUGUAAAAAAGUCAGAAAUGGACUUGAAAUUGGAUCGUGAAACCUUCAGAGUACUUUUACUUUCAGGGUUCCUUGAGAGUUUCACCAAUGCUUGGAAAAUCGACUAUAAUCUGGCCGAUGAUAUAAUAGAAAAGCCUUUGGAACUUAAAUACGUUUGGGUUCAUCAACCGGCGCUCGUUUGGUAUGAAAUUUUAGGUAAUGAGACUUCUACUAAUGGGACUCGAAAAAGUGUUUCCAAGCUGAUGGUUGUCGGUUCUGUUUUUUAUUACAAGUGUGAAAAAACUACUAAUAUUAAGUGUCGCGAUAUGGUCAAAAAUUCGGUUGGUCUCGAAAAUAUCGAUUCGAUAAAAGUUGCUGACUUGAUUGGCCUUCGUUCAAUUCUCGGAAUAUUUGAAAAACCAAGAUGGAAUUAUAUCGACAAGGCUCGAUAUGAGAAAGCUCGUAAGCAUGUUGAUAAAAUUAAAGGUUAUAAAGAUUGUGUCACUUAUAAGGAUUGUGUACCCGAGACAUGUCCUUCCGAAAUCGCGUCGGUCACGAUGGAUAAAAUCAAUCUUGGUGAUUUGAAGAAACGAUUAAAAGGUCCCGUUAGAAGGCCGAAACUUGAGCUUAGACCAGAUCAGUUUCAAAAUUUUGAAACUCUUCAUGCCGAUGAAUCUUUUGAGAUUGAACUUUCUUGUUUACCCUUGGCUAUUGAUCAAGAUGAUGAAUAUUUAGCCUCAGAUGAUUCAGUCACUUGGUAUCAGUGCAUUGAAAGUUGUAAGAAGAUCAGAGGAUUUACAUUUAUGCGAUUUGUUGUUAGUAAUAAAAAUAACGGUACUUUAAAGAUCAGUAAGAUUGAGCUAAGAGAUACCGCGAUUUACGUUUGUACCCAAUUUCAUCAAAUUCGUGGUGCGAUUCGUCUUCGGGUCUUUUCUUCGACCACAAUUUUCGAUAUUCGAACUCCUGUUGGCUCAAUGUUCAUGAGCACCAUUCUUAUUACCGUGUUGUAUUUUAUUUUUAUCCCUUUCCGUUUAGGACUAUUCAAGUAUCUGGUCAAACUUUUUCGAAAGUUUCGAUUACGAAAACGAGGCUACAAACCGAUUGGAAAAGUAAACAAAAAGGUGACCAAAGUGACCAAACGUCAGAAAAAAGGGAAGAUGAAAGAAGAUGUAAUGAAAAAGAAAAACGUAGUUUGAUCCAGUUCUAAUCAGUUCGACUAUCGAUUUGAACUUUCCAAUCGACAAUCGACGUUCAGAUAAUUAAAUCAAAAUCGAAAGAAAAAAUGUAAUAUUAA